CAGCCGAGUGAGCAACAUCCGAGAGUUUUACCCCCGGAGACGCAGACACAGCGCGAACACAGACGCAGGCGACGACGACGACGACGAAGAGUGUCUCUCUUUUCGAGCACCGAUCCGCCGAUCCGAUCGCUUUACCGCCAGCAGCAACCUACUCGAGCACUCUCCACUCGAUCGUGCGUGCGUUUGAUCGUGUGCUCUUCGGUUUUUGUUUCGAGCACCCGAGCGCGAUCGUUGACUCAGAUUACCCCCGGUGUGGUUGUGGCGCUCGAUCGCGUGGUAGUAGAUCGCCCGCCCAGUCUCGGUCUCGGGCCUCUCGUUAACGCGUGUUCACCCUAUCCUGUUCAGUACGAUCCCAACCCCGUUGCUCACAGUUCUAAGAUGGAGAUCCUCGACCCAACCGGUUACUACUAGACGGCGGCUAGACGUCGGACGUGUGCGCCCGUGAACUCCGCAAAAGUGAUAAAGCGCCGUGGCAAGUGAUAAACAGCGCAACGAACGAACGAACGAACUGUCGCCAAAAAAAACAGUGAACAAUUUAGCCAGCUUGUCGAGUGUCUUCGAGACUGAGUUUCGGUGUGUUUGCCAUUCAUUAACCGUCCCUACCGUUCAAAAUGGCCCUCAAGCUGGAUCCAACUGGACACUACUAGGGAAGCGGAACGAUCAGCCAUAUCUGCCGUCGAAUCGUCGAUUGCAACACACCGCGUGCAGACGUGUCUAAUUUGGUGGACCCCCAAGCGGCCUCGGGAAGGAAGGAAGUUCAAAGAAAAACUCAGCAAAGAUGGCACGCAAGCUGGAUCCGACCGGUCACUACUGACGGAGGUGCUGACGACCCCUCGAUCUGCGGGAGCAACGAUCGCCGCCUUCUGAACGAUCGCGCACUCACGAAUCUUCCCAGCUGGAACGCGAAGCGAAAACUCUCGGAACUUCCACAACUGACGUCGCUCCCCCAGCGACCAGCGAUCUUCGUCGUUCUCCACAUCAUCACCACCACCAUCAUCAUCAUCAUCAUCAUCAUGACGCUAGAAAUUUUGGAUCCCACUGGUUACUACUAGAGGUCUGGAAGGAGAGGAAGGAAGGAAGGAAGGUAGGAAAGGAGGAAAGGAAGUGAUCCCAUUCCCAAACGCACCGCCGCACCGAAGCAGGCCGUGCACGAGCAGCCGUGUGAACAGCUGAUUCGUCGGGAGCCGCGACAAGAAAAGGCGCAUUACAAAAAAAAAAAGAUGGAACGCAAACUAGAUCCCACCGGUAUGUACCGGCGUCCUGGCAACGCAUCGAGCUACCAGCGCUCGCCGUACCACCACCAUCAACAACAGUUCCAAAACCACCAACGGAUGCCGCACCAGCACCACCAGCAGCAACAGCAACAACAAGUGAAGUGCCAUUAUCUGGACCCGACCGGGCUCUACUGAGCGGGCGAGCCGGCCCCUCGAACCCAGCAGCGCAAUGUGAUACUUUCUACUGACCAGAGAUCCAGAGAUACUACCCCCUCCGUCCCUGCUGUCCCCGCUGUCACACCAUGGACCCCUAUUGGCACCCUCUCCAGCCUGCCUCUCUCUGUAUCCCGGGCAACCAAACUCAACACCAAGCUGCUGCCAAGUGCUAGUGCGUCCAUCUGCCGGCAGGAUGGUCACCACCGAUCGGAGCACCGUCCCUAAUCGGGUAAGCAGAGUGUGGAAACGGGGCCGCGAGGAAACGGCCAGUGGUCGGCGACGACGAAAAUUCCCUGCACCCGUAACACGGCAGCAGCGCUGGCACCGGUUAGGGGGUCAGGAACGAUCUUUUUCGAUCUUUUCCCCCGCAACUCCAAAAGUUCAACUCUCGUCUGGUCGAAGCGGCGGUGAAGCUUUUUCGUGUGGUAGUGUUGUCGGUGGUCGUAAAUCAUCCCCUUUCCUAAUUAUUAUUACUAUUAUUAUUAUUAUUUUUUUAACUUAAACUCUUCAACAAGUUCACUCUACUUGAGUUGCUAGUGCCUUAAUUGUAUUUUAACAAACAUGUCGCGUUCUCUCACUCACGCUACUCCUACUGCUACUAUUUACUAUGAUUAUCAUUUACUAUGAUUUUGUGUAAAGUUACUGUAACGGCUGCGCUAGUAUUAAACUGUCCGCGGUAAUGGGUCUGCCACCACUCCCAUGCUCGUGCUUCGUAGUAAGGUCUCAAACUCUUCUCACUGCCCCCCACCAAACACAACCGCCUAUCGGCUUACCUUACUAGCCAGCCAGCCAGCCAGCCAGCCAGCCGGAGGCCGGAGCGAACAUUGAUCCUAUCAUGAUUUUUUCGGAAAAAUCGGCUCCCUCCCCGGUUUCUCCCUUUCCUCUUUGCUCGCUCGUGAGCCUUUUAUUUAACUAUCUUUUAGCAAACGGAACACACCGGAAUCCUGCCCCUGUAUCCGGUGGUCCGAGAGAGAGAGAGAGAGAUAGGGAGAGAAUGUGAGGACGAAUUGAGGUUUUUUUUUAUUAUCAUUUUCUUGUUUAAAGAACUUUGACUUACGAAUAACAAAUCGGGCAACGAUACUGCACUACUGCCUACCCCAUUAUCACUGCCACCAGUGGUUGCAGCAAAAUCAGCCUCCAAACUGCCAAUAAUGUCACCCCCUUUUACAGCGAACCUUGCAAGCAACGAUCACACGGAUGUCGUCCCGGGUGCCGGGUGAUGUGUGCGCGUGCGUGUGUCUGUUUGCGAUGCGUUCGAUGUUCUUUUGCGCGCAUCGCAGGCGACACACUCCAGGGCCCCGGGAAAUCCUGUUGCUUUCGCUGAAGGGGAUUAACUUUUCACUUGUUUGUGAAAUAGUGUAGCGUUUUCGUUCUGCGGCCGCCACAGGUUUUCGAUCUACCAAAAAAACAAAAACGACGCAGCAGCAAAAUAGUUCCGUUUCUG